AUGCCACCGCUACCAGGAUUCUCCGACAACAAAUUCGAAAUUCGAGAUGACUUCAUCGAGGCCAUAAUCGCACUCAUUAGUCCCCUCAACAAGUACUUUUCGUCAGAUAAAUCUCGAAUUCGGAUCCCAGUAGCCACAGGUGCACAUUUCGACGAGUCAGCUGCCCAGCUGGAAGGCUUUGCAAGGCCACUAUGGGCGAUUGCGCCGUUACUUUACGGAUAUGACUCUAUCAGUAACAAAGACCUAGCAGCUCGUGUUGAUGAAUUAGUUCAACCAUGGGUCCAAGGCUUCAUAGCAGGGACUGAUCCAAAUCAUCCGGAAUAUUGGGGUGCUAUGAGAAAUAUGGACCAAAGGAUGGUGGAAGCUGAGAUGAUUGCGUUUGCACUCAUAGCUGCGCCAAAGAGAUUCUACAAUCCGCUAAGUGACGGCCAGAAAGACAACAUCAGAUCCUGGCUGAGCUCCAUCAACGGAAAGGAGAUGCCUCCAACGAACUGGAGAUGGUUUCGAGUGUUUUGCAACUUGGCCCUAGUCAAGACUUGCGGCUUGCCCUUGUCUCAAGUUCAACCUGAAUUAGAUGCUGAUCUCGAGAUAUUGGACAGCUUCUACCUGGAAGACGGGUGGUCAGGUGACGGACCGUGGCAAACAGCCGAUCAAGCAGCCCAAGAGAAGGAUCUUGUCUCCAAAACUGGACGUCGAGACGCCAUUGGAGUUGGAAGACAAGCAGAUUACUACUCUGGAAGUUUUGCCAUACAAUUCAGUCAGGUUCUCUAUUCAAAGUUUGCUGCUGACCUAGACGAGAAGAGAUGUGAAAUAUAUCGACAAAGAGCCCGUGACUUUGGCUCAAAGAUAUGGAGAUACUUUGAUGCUCAAGGCUCUGCAAUUCCCUUCGGUCGAUCAUUAACAUAUCGGUUUGCAUGCGGGGGGUUCUUUGGUGCUCUAGCUUUUGCUAAAGUCCCUGGAAUGCCUCAGCCGCUCGAUUCACCCGGAGCUAUCAAAGGGUUCCUCGUGAGACAUCUGAGAUGGUGGACAAAGAAUUCAGCUGACAUCUUUGCUACUGAUGGUACCUUGACCAUUGGGUGGCUAUAUCCAAAUAUGUACAUGGCCGAAGACUACAACUCUCCCCAGUCGGUCUACUGGUGCCUCAAAACACUCAUAGCUGUUGGCUUGGACGAUGACGACGAAUUCUGGACGUCAGAAGUACAAAAAUACCCUCCCUUUGAUCCCCCAACACAGAUAGCCCCAGCACCACGGCAAAUCUUAUGUAACCAUCCGCUUGGUAACCAUCACUUUAUGCUCACUCCCGGCCAGUUUGUGGCGUGGCCAAUGAAAGCCAACCAAGCGAAAUAUUGCAAGUUUGCCUAUUCGUCAGCCUUUGGGUUUUCUGUACCUACAGGACCCCUCAUCCAACAGAUUGCCCCAGACAAUCAGCUGGCAUUGAGUAGGGACGGCGGAGAAACCUGGGCGGUGAAGUGGAAGUGCGACGAAGUCAAGUUUGGAACGUUGAGAACCAAAUUAGAGGACUGGUGUCAGGCGGAUAUAUCUGUUGCGAGCGUGAGAUGGUAUCCCUGGGGCGAUCGAGCUGUGGUUGUUGAUACAGUUUUUCUUCCGCCCACUAAUAGGUCGCCAGAUUGGCAUAUUCGGGUGCAUCGUUUACGCUGCAACAUCAGCAUUCCCACUCUUCAUACUGUUGAGGGCGGAUUUGCUAUAUAUGGUCGAAAGGCCGCUGAUGGCAUGAACCUUUCAUGCGUUGAAACUAUUGACGAUGGCGUGCCUGGCAAAUUUGAGGGAAUCUAUUCAGAUGACGAUUCAACACUGAUUUGCUCGGAAGAUGGAUGUAGUGGUGUGUCAAUUGAGGCUCUCCUAGACCGAUCCAAGACGCCAGUUGAGAGUUAUGUGCUGAGGCCAGACUCAAAUACUAAUAUUUGUCGCCCCAGAACUCUGAUUCCAGUCAACGGCGUAUCAAUUCCGGGUGGUUUGAGGCCUGGGCAAGAAGUUUGGAUCAAGAGCUCGGUGUUUGCCAUAUCAUCAAAGGCCAACGGAGGGCUUUUAAGCGACACGUCUUAUCUCAAAGAUAAGUGGCUGAACCGCCCGUCAAUUGAUGUGACAAGCAUUGAACAGAUCCUACACAACAUGUAG